AUGCUCGACGUCUUCGAGCCAUUCCUGUCGACAUCUCAUGCGACAAAAACGCAGCCAUCAUACUUGGAACGGACUGUUCGCCUUCAUGGUUGUCUAAAAUGUGCUCGGCUACGCUGUCGGAUCCGCCGACUCAUCUGGUUAAAUAAUUGUAUAACGGCUAUAUUUUACCUCUUAUUAACCGGAGAAAAGAUGGUCACGUUCGAGGCAAUCGGGGUCUUCCAGGAUCAGAUAUAUGCGCAACAGGGACAAGUCCCUUGGCGUGCCUUCCCCAACACCGUCCACGAUCCCAGCCACCAACUCUCCGACACCGGCAUAUUCUGCGUCCAUCAUUUAAGCAUUCCCAUCACAGCCUCCGUCGCGCUCACAUUGUACAACCAUUUUUCCGACAUGUCUCAUUCUUCGGUACAUUCUCCGGUACAGGUUCCGACGGUAUCUCCGACAACACCUAAUCGAUCCUCCGAUGUGCUCCAUGCCUUCUCCGAGUCCAUCUCAGAUAACGACCCCUCUGCCUACCCCGACGAGUUCCCCAUAAGUGGAGGUUUUGGCUACGGCCACUUCGUCGGCCGGUGUUCCUUCGAGUUCUGCAACACCGUCAGGGUCGCCGGAUGA